AGCGUUUCUCAAGUGUUUGCUCCAGGUCUCACCCUUGGUGUUCGUAUUUUCCACACUACCUACUUGUUCCAUCGAUUCCCUCGCCUGCGCAGACGGCUCGACACGUAUGGCUGGUUCUACCGUAACUUGCCAGUGAAAACGUCACGUGAUGGAUCUCCUGUGCUCGUGCCCGGCAGCGAGCCGUCUCUGACAUUGGCCUCAAGAGCGGCAUCACCAAUACCACGAAAGAAUACCCUGAACCCGAACGGGCUGUUUACCUCUCGUCUUGGAUCGAACUUCAACUUGGACACCACCGGAUCGCAGUUGAGCUUGAAUUCGAGACGCAACUCUUCCAUGCAGAACCUUGCCCUUAAGGGGUCUAUGCAAAAUCUGAACCAGAACUUCAAGGGUUCGUACGAUGCUUUGAACGAGCAACCCACCACUAAUGUGCAGUGGGCCUUCAGCGGUCAGACAGAGUCACUUACCGUCGAACCAACCGUCAGUAAUUUUUUCAACCGUCCCAAUCGAUCCAGAGUUUCUCCACUUGUCACAAUGGAGCAGUGGAGUCCUAAUCCACCGGCCGAUCCACUGACAUCUGAAUCGACCCCCAGAAUUGAAGAAGACGAUGAAGAAACAACGAAGAACUCGUCAACAUCUUCCAUAUUCAGCAACGAUGACGAGGAAGAAGCACUGAUCAUUCAUGAAGACCAAAUGAUCGACAACGUACUCGCAUGUACAUCGCAGCUGUGUGAUGAACGACAAAGAGAAGACAUUUCCAAAAGGCAUUUCGUCGGGAAUCCUCUACCUAACCGAAUGGUACUCUUACUUAAAUGA